ACGAAAUGUCUGAAACACAAGAUAUGUCUGAAAAAAUGCCAACGUCGGAUCAAAAGCUCACCCUGAGCGAAUCUAGUCAGACUACAUUAUGUAAAAUGAGCAAAGGGACAAUAUCUUUAAUGGAAAAAAGACAAAUGUAUCGGGUGAUCGAUGACGGAGUUGACGUGACCCCGGAUAACAUCGUAGACCCGGAAUACGUGCUGAUGGAGGAAACACACACGCACGCCGCAUUCGGAGGAAGAACCGACAAAGCAAUCAAAAGCGACAUUGGUCUUAAAGUGAGCAAAUCAAAGUCAAAAACUACAGUAGAGGUGGCUAUGAAAGUGUACACGACAACCAUAUCCCUUGACGAUAUUCAUAUCGAUCACACAAAAGAUACCGGCGAGAGCUUUACCGGGGACGAGAUAGAUUUAGAAAUAGCACCAUCGGCGUUUUACAUGCCGGUUAAAAAACCAAUGAUGGAGUACCCAGAAGAAAUUUUUGUCGUCCUCAAAGAAACGGAGACGGAAUUCCUCUUUGAAUUACCUUGCUUUUCAUACGAAAGAGGGACAAUGGAAGCGAAUAUUGUCGAAGAACAGAACAAUUACUACCAAUACAUUACCGUCGGAAAGGGAAGGAAUCGCAAAAUGGUGACAGAAGAGACGCAAACGAAGGAAUGCGUGUCGCAAUCACGACACACGAUCGCAACGAGGCCAAAGAAAAAAAAUGCGAUAUCAUUCGCCUCAAUGUGGGACAUGCACGAUACGUACGCUCAACUGGCAAAGGUGGCAAAGGCAGAGGAACCGGACGAAAUGGUAAUGUAUCAAUCCGUGGAGCCUAAACUGCUGCGAAAGAAGAAAAAGGUUGCAAGCGAAGUUACCGAGCUCAGGGGUAAAAGCUACAAGGAUAUUUGCAACACUCAAGCGUUUUUGGAUGCCGUCCUGCUGACGGAGCGCGUUCUCGCAACGAUGCAGUUUGCCAAUGCUCAGAAAAAAUUCAGAGGACUCGUACAGUUUAAUCCACUAGCUCUUGAUCUCCGGUACGUUUACACAUUGAAACCUCUUUGGACAUUAGAAUGUAACGAAACGGCCGGGCGACCGAUCACCGGCAUAUCGUUCAAUCCGAGAAACUCUAAUAUCGUGGCCGUGGCGCACGGAAAAUUUACUUACGCUGAAACUUUCGAUGGCUUAAUCAGUAUUUGGUGCACAAAGAACCCGUGCGUGCCCGAAAGAUUGUACCGCUUCGAGCAUCCCCUCACAGCGGUCGCAUUCUCAGAGAAGAACCCUAACUGGCUCGCGUGCGGCUUCCACAACGGGGACGUCCUCAUCCUGGACAUCACGUCCUACUCCAUCAAGACCGUGGCCAAAAGCAAACGCGACACCAAUCCCUGUUUCGAGCCAAUAUGGCACAUCAAUUGGCACUUUAUUGAUUCGAUUCAAUACGUCAUAACGACCUGCCAGGAUGGCAGGAUAAACCGAUUCAGGAGUACGAAGACGCACGAUUUUAUCUGCUCGCCGAUUAUGCGCAUGGCGACAGUGGAGGGGCAGCUGAAGGGUCUGGAGACCGCCAAGGCGUGCGUCAACGUGGACGUGCCGAUCAUCCGGCACCCGGCGGUGCUCUGUAUGAAGUGGCACAGUGAAAUCGAUCACAUAUAUUUCGUGGGUACCGAUGAGGGUUGCAUUUACAAAUGCUCGACUCACUACUCGAAUCAGCACAUAGAAGUGAUUCGGGCGCACGCGGGGCCGGUGUUCAACAUGACGUUCUCGCCGUUUCUCGAGCGGCUGCUGGUGACGUGCGGCGCGGACAACGCGAUCCGGCUGUGGCUGGAGGAGCUGGACGACGUCAUCAUGACGCUGAACUGUCCCGCCGCCGUGUACGAUGUCGCCUUUUGCCCCGUCAACUCCACCGUGCUCAUCUCGGUGAGCGGUAACGUGCUCUCCAUAUGGGAUCUUCGUCGGAAAAAUCACAUUCCUUGUGCCGAGUACAAGUUCCCGGGUAACGUUGUACUGAACUUUGUCAAGUUUUCUAAGUCCGGUGACAACGUGUUCGUAGGCGACACGUCAGGUCGCGUGCACACAUUCCACUUGGAGGACACUCCCAUACCGCCAUUCUAUCAGCACAAAAUAUUAGAUGAGGUGAUAAAAAAGGCGCUCUGUACGAGACCUCAGUUAUUGAAGCAGUUGCAAAAAAUUGAGAAAUAUAAACAACGUCACUAUAAGUAA